CUGUGCUACAAUCCAACAUGUCGGCUACGCCUGUGUUCCCCAUGUGUGUGCGAGCAAGCCGGGGCCUCCUGAGGCUCAGGAGCGGGGCGGUGGGUGCCUCUUCCCUGGCUGUGGUGGACAUAAUCCGGACUCUCUCCACUGACAAGCCGCCGACAGGAACGGGCAGUGCGACGGCCGGACUGGCUCAGGCUAUCCUCCAGCAGAGACUCCAGCAGCAGCAGCAGCAGCAGAGUCAGGGGCAGCCUCCUCCUGAGGGAGGCGAGGGCGAGAGGGAGGGAGACCACACGGAGGACAAGAAGCAGAAGGAGAACACGGCCUACGCUAAGAAGAUGGUGCUACGGCUCGCCGGACUCAUGGGGGUUGGCGGAGCGGUCGGCAUGGUCUAUCUAUUCGGCACCAAUUCAGUGGACGAACAAGGAAACAUGAUUCCAGAUGAGUUUGACAGAGAACCUCCCAUCGUCCAACAGUUGAAAAGAACCUUCAAAUACUUCCAGGACUACAGACAGAUGAUCAUCGAGCCGACGAGCCCGAAGCUGCUGCCCGACCCCCUAAAGGAGCCGUACUACCAGCCUCCCUACACGCUGGUGCUGGAGCUCACCGAUGUCCUGCUGCACCCGGAGUGGUCGUUGUCGACAGGUUGGCGGUUUAAGAAACGUCCGGGCAUCGACUACCUGUUCCAGCAUCUCGCACCGCUCUACGAGAUCGUCAUCUUCACUGCAGAGACUGGCAUGACGGCGUAUCCUCUGAUCGACAGCAUUGAUCCUCAGGGUUUCGUUAUGUAUCGCCUCUUCAGAGAUGCAACACACUACAUGGAGGGACAUCAUGUGAAGGACGUGUCCUGUCUGAACCGGGACACCAGUAAGGUGAUCGUGGUGGACUGUAAGAGGGAGGCGUUCAGCCUGCAGCCCUUCAACGGCAUGGCUCUGAAGAAGUGGGAUGGAAACUCUGAGGACCGGACGCUCUACGACCUCGCCAACUUCCUCAAGACUAUCGCUCUGAGCGGAGUGGACGACGUGCGUUCAGUGCUGGAGAACUACGCUUUGGAGGAAGACCCCAUCGAGGCCUUCAAACGCAGACAGGCUCAGCUGGCUCUGGAGGAGGAGCAGCGUCUGGCCGAGCUCUCCCAGCAGAAGAAACAGGGACUCUCUCUCGGCUCCAUUGCCUCGCGGUUCUGGCGCUCCAAACAGCAGUGAGCCCCGCCCCCCUGUCACACUUCCACCAAUCGCAGCCCGGCUCGCCAUCUGCGUCGAGGGGACGGCCAGAGGAUAAAGGGGGAGGGGAGAGAGGAGACCUGCGUGCUGUAGCUGAGCGGUCCCUACAACCAAUCAUGUCUCAGUGGGCGGGUCUGCGGUGCUGGAACAUUGGCCAUCCUCUGCACCAAUGACAGAGGCACUUCCUGUUCUUACGGAGGCAGGGCGUCGGCGGCCCCCUCCCUUUGGUCAUCUUGAUGUGAUGCAUAUCAAGCUGCUGAUUGGUUAAAAAAGGAAAAAACAGAGGAUCCAGGUCAGGAUAAACUCUUGUUGUUGGCGGUUUGGUGGUUGAUCUGAGAUCAGCGCUGCUAUCACUACUCCAGCUCUGGUUAGCCCCGCCGCUCACAGGAUCUGACCUGAGAUCCCGUACCACACCUUCAGAUUGUGUAUUUAAUUUUAUUUUCUAUUCCUGUGUGUGUGUGUGUGUGUGUGUGUGUGUGUCAGAUUGUGCUGACGGGCUGCUGGAGACAAAAUAUUGUUGAUAAGAAAUAAAGAUAAACAGUAAAUAGUGUUCUUUAGAGUUUAUUCAAUAUGUAGGACUGGUGGUGGUGGCAUGGACGAGAAAUCAUC